CAGAGGAAGAAAACAUUUUUCUUUCAUUUUGGGACAUAAGAAACUUUAAUGCCCUGAAUACUUACCUGAUGAGCUGUAAGGAAAUGGAACCGAAAAAGCGGAGCUAUCCAAAAAAGACUUCCAAGAAAAUAUCAUCCAGGGAUGUUACAUUUUCUUAUAAUGUGAGGGUAUGCGGAAUAGAAGUCAUGAUCUGCAAGUAAGCUUUCCUAAGGGUUCAUGGCUUACAGAUACAUGCACGAGGAGUGAGGAAUUUGCAACAUCAAAUGAAGCAGGGAUUUGCAGUGCCAAAAGAAGAUGGAAGAGGAAAAUAUGGAAACUACCCAUAUAAAUUUCAAGACGAAGCUGUACAAAGUGUUAGAGAAUUUCUCAACGCCAUACCGAAAUAUAACAGUCAUUACAGCAGGCAACAGAACCCCAAUAAAGUGUAUUUGGAUUGUGAUCUCACAACUGCUUCCUUAUUUCGAGAUAAAUACUUCGAAUACUGCAACGAAAAGCAGGAUCCUGCAGUAUCUGAAAGUAAAUUCAGAGAAAUUUUCGUAUCUGAAUUUAACAUAGGCUUCAAACCACCAAAAAGUGACACCUGUUCAAAAUGUGAUGGAUUUCUAAUUGCAAUAAAUAACCCAGAAUUAUGCGCAGAAGAAGUCACAGAAAGGAAACAACAAUAUGAACUGCAUCUCAUAAAGGCUGACAGAGGACAAAAUAUGAUUGGGUCUUUAACUGCUCUGGCUAAAGAAAAUUCGAAAGAUCAUCAUGUGAUAGCAAUGGACAUGCAGCAAAAAUUCCCCACACCUAAACUAACAGUAGGUCCACCAUUUUAAAAGAGGAAAAUAUGGACAUACAACUGUGGUAUCCACGACUGUGGAUCAAAUAAGAAUUAUAUGUUUCUGUGGAGCGGGAAAGAUGGAGGACGGUGCUCAGAUGAGGUUGGGAGCUGCUUAUUGAAGUACUUGGAGAUAACUAAUCCUCAGACAAAACAUCUCCACAUAAUCAUAGACAACUGCAAGGGUCAGACAAAGAAUUGGAAAGGUCCCUUGUUGCUACCAAAAGAUUUGAUUCUGUCCAGCAUUACUUCCCUGUAGUAGGUCACACCAUGCUACCUUGCGAUCGUGAUUUUGGUUGCAUUGAAUGGUAUGCAAG